ACGAUAUCUGAAUUUGUUUAUAGGAGUCGAGUGAACUCGAGUCAGUCGAGCUGGAUGGCAGAGGCUGUUAGGAAGAGGAAACCUCGAUCUAGGAAAGAGGUGUUUGAAAAGUGUCCUGAAACAAGAGUACAAGAGGAGGAUGGCACUGAAAAUCAUUCUAUGUUGGAAUUGCUGGCAGAGUAUGGGGAGAUACCUCUACCACCAUUAGAGACAUUAGACGAUGGGCAUUCACAUGACAAUGGACAUUCACAACCAGAGGAGGAGGCAGAGCACAAAGAUCUGUCCUCACAGGAGAUCAGUGACUAUAAAAUUGAAAGUGCAAAAGACAGUGAAUCCUCACAAACAUUCAAGAAUGAAAAUUCAGACGUUAAUAUUGGUGAGGACCAUUGCUCAGUUAAGGAGAAAACAGAAGCAAAGGUGAAAGAAAUCACAGGUUCCUCAUCUUCAGACUUUUAUAAUCUACAGCAGAAACUACUUGAGAUGGAACCAUAUUUUAAAUUACAACAACAGCUGAAAGAUCUUGCCAUUGAUGACACUAUAAUCCAGCAGCAUAGGGAAUUGUGUAAUAUUAAUGUCCUUCCGUAUAAUCAAAUUGGCUGUGAAUAUGUGCAGGAUGUUGUGAAUGAGACGAGUGUUGACAAUAGUGGCGUUGUAGUGACAGGACAGUGUUCCAUAAACAGUGACGCCUUAGCCAGUGCCCCCAUAUUUCACGAUCCAAAAAGUUCUUUGGAUAUUCCUACAGAAUCUGAGAUAAGCACAGAGGCUCAAAUUAGUGGUAGUGUUAUAAAGCCCGGUGUCAAACUGAAAGUAACAUUAACUGAUGACUCUGCUGUUCAACCUAUGACUGAUGUUCAGAUAAAUGCUCUUUAUCAAAAUAAUGAACUUGAGGAAAAUGAUAGUUAUAUUGCUCACUUCAUUGAACAGGAGAGGAAUACACCUCAGUUGGAGUUUUAUGAACUUGUACUCGGGUAUUUGCGUGCUAGAACAAGUCUGAUAGGCAGCCAGAAGGAGGUGGUAACUAUCCAAGAAGAAUAUAAGAAACAAAAAGGAAAUGUGUGGAUAUUUGAAAAACGAACAACAACCGAGGAAGGAGAGUGUGAAGAUGGUCGUCUUUUGACAGUCAAGCAUGAAUAUGACGUGGCUUGCUUCAAAGAGGAAAUAUGUACACAUGUAUCUAAGCAGCUGAAGCAGACCAGAGAACUUCUCUCAGAUUCUUAUGCUCUCCAUGCAUAUGAAGCAGAGAUGUCCAAGUUGCAGGUGGAAAACUACAUGCAAAAAAUUUUAAGCGAUUGUCCAGAUUUUAUGCAAAUUCCAAAAAAUGCAAAAAUUGGUACCAGCAGUAGCAGGGAGCAUAAGCCUCAUUUACGUCCCCAUGUUGAUAAAUUGUAUAUAUGCAUUAGUGUACUCUUUAGCUUUCAGCGACGGGGAGUGAAGGACCAGCAGUUCAUACGAGAUACAAGACAGUGGCUAACUGAUCUGGUUGCUAUACUACUUCGUGUUGCAACUCGUCAUGACCAUUUAUUUGUUCUCAACCAUAUCUUAAGAUGCCCAGCUGGAGUUGGUACUUGGGCUCCACCAUAUAUUCAGGUUGGAGGUUCAUGGACACAAGAGGCCAUUGAUGGUAGAGGAAUGUUGGGGUGCUGGCCAUUGGACCACUCCCUUACUGUUCUUUCUACCAUACUUAGUCCAGUUAAUGCCAGAGAAGACUUUCUACAUCACCUUCAACAAACUGCACUGCCAGGUGCAAGUGACGGAGAGACAGGUUCCAGUGAAGACAAGACUGGUGAUAAUGUGUGGGUGGUUGUUGACAGCUGUGGUGAAGAGGAGGAGAACCCAGCACAGCUGUGGUCACUCUUAAGUGAGAAUGAUGUUGUUCAGAUCCUAAACCAAGUACCUUUCAAAAAUAUUUUUCAACACAUACUGUUGGUGGAGGAAGAAAAUGGGAAGCUGCGCUACAGUGUGUCUCACACAAGUCACCACGGCUGCAUGAAGCUCUUUGCGUUUGCUACUCGAUUGAUUCAGCUUUUUCGAAGAGGAUUGGCUACAUAUUCCCAGCUGAGGUAUCGUGGUGUAACAAAGCGCAUUUGUCGACUACUACGUCACACCAUGCAAUAUGUUACCGAUCACUGGCAGAGCUUCCUUUCUGCACACCAGGACGCACCAAGCCAGAGCUCAACCGCAUCACAAACAACAGUCCAUUUGGCUUCAUUACAGGUGGAAUAUGACCAGUUGUUCGAGAAAGCUGUAGACAGCAUAUUCAGCAGCCCACGUUCAGGUGCAUGGCAGUUCCUGGCUGUCAUCCCCUAUGGCAGUGUAUCUCUCUCACGGUUGUGGAAGAUUGUCUACAAGCUUCACACAGGUAUGAGAGAGGAAUCACUCGGUACUGCAUGUAAGGAGAGUGCUGGGAACCUGACGAAUAGUGACUGGGCAGAUUUAGUAACUCACAGUGACACUCGUGGUCAGUUUUAUGAUUGUCUCCUGAAAAUGGAGGAAAAUGAAUCAUUUUAUCUCCUUUCUGCUUUGGCAAACAUGACUGCUGCACGUGAAGCAUCAGAAAAAGAAUUUAUUAAGGUGGUAAUAAAGAACAUAUUUGAAGCAACAUUUGUGAAUGAGGGAACAAGAGAAGAACUUAGCCGGAAUGGUCGAGAUCUGUUAUCAACAAUUGCAGCUAAACAUCCAUCAUCCAUUUCAUUUUUGCUGACAGCAACUCAGGAAAAGAUCACUAGCGUGGGGGGUAUGGCACUUUAUUUGUUUCGUGCUUUACCUCUGGAGAUGUGGGAGCCUGACAGUGAUGAUGUUACAUGUGUGUCCCAUUGGCUGCUCUUCAUGCCAGCAGCCAGCGUUGAGAAUCAGUUAGCACGAAUUAUUCUCAGCAAACUUAAUUGGGGAGAGAAUGAGCUUAAGACUCAACUUAGUCUUCCACAAGAAUUGCAUCGUAAGGUUGCAAUAACAGUAUUGGAGGCACACAUUAAGAUUUGUUGUGAUAUGUAUUCUGGAAGUUUGCUGACGGAAGGAGUGAAGCAAGUCACAUCAGUUAUGUACUCACCAUCUCCAGAGCAGGUUUUCUUUGAUUGGUCGUGGGAGAUGCUUUCCUGUCUUCGACUACACCGUCUGGACCAACCUGAGGCACAAGUUCGUGCUACUCUGGCCUCUCCUUCAUUACUCCUUGAGGGCAUGCCAGAUCCUACAUCAGUAGCUAUAACACAAGGGUCAUUGAUGAAUGUUGUAAAACGUGGCAUUAUGGAUAAAAACCCACUGGCUCUCUUCUCUGCUUUGCUCUUAACUACCUGGGGACACUCCUUGCCUGAGUUUUGUGAGCAAGGUAUAGAGUGCAUACACGAGCUGGUGGCUCAGGGCAGGUAUGAAGCUGCUAUAUCUGCUCUGGGACACAUUAUGCCACUUUUCUUCUCGCAGCUUGAAGACAUCACCUCCAGUACCAGGUUAAUGCUUGCCAUACAAAAAUGUUUGACUGCAGACCACACCUAUAUUACUAUGGCAAAGAGUCUUGUGGCUACCACCUUCCCUGGGAAGAUUCUCAAUGCAUUUGCUGCUAUGAUAGUAUAUCACAUACAAAAUUACACAAGGUACAAUCUUCCAUCUGGGGCAUUGGCAGUACAGUUUUGGCUUCAGCUUCUUAUAUGUGUGCCAGAGUGGGUGCACGACAGUUCCGUGCUCUUCUUACUGGACACCAUUUGUCAGCACGCCUUCAUCCACUCCACUUCCUGGCAAGAAGUCUUACGAGGAUUUUCAGAAGUCAUGAAAAGCUCUGAAUAUCAAUGUAGUGCUGGGGGAGGUGUGAUUGGCUUGCUGUCCUGGUUAACUGCAGGAACUACGGCCCCUAAUUCCUUGCUUGUGCGUCCAUCAGCCCCACAGUUUCCAUGGUUCACAGUGGCUGUUCUCACACUGGAGACACAGCAAGAAGUAAACUCAGGGCUCUGGAAGAACCUUCUCUUGGAACUAUAUACCAAUAAACAAACCACGCUGGAGCAAGCACUUAAGAAGGUAACAAGUGCUCUAGGCCUUGGUCCAGCAUCGUCCAGUCUACUGAGUAUCUAUCGGUGGGGUCGGCAGGUGGUGGACCUUCCUGCCGACCAUCCUGCCUUCCCAGUCACCCUGCAGAUGUACCUUGCACUACAUAUGGCUCGUGUUCCUCCACAACCUGGGCAGUAUGAGUGUGGCAGUGUGGUCUCUAGUUUUUAUCAAGGAAUAGUAAAUUCAGCAUUUCUUAACAAAAUUAAGAAGAAAGUAGCAAGUGCUGUUGAACAUUAUGAGUCUUCCUUAAGCAAGGAACCAGAAGAUGAAGAGGGAACUCCAGAUCUUCAGAUUGCAGAGUCCGUAAAGUUAUUACGUGGGAUGCAGGCAUGGUUGGAUGAAACCCGACUGUAUGAGCCAGGUGUAUACCUUCCAGCUCUACCCCCACAUCUUCUCCCUCAAAAAUUAAUGGAGAUCUUUCAGGGCAACUGGGAACCCUGGCCAGAAGCCAUCAACCAGAAAAUAAUGGAAGAAAGUGCUCAGAAAUUUCUCAGAGUGUGGGAGCAACAUCGGUGUGGGAAAAGCUGUAGCAGCAUCUCUGGCUCUCCGUCUGCUUCUCCUGAGCACAGGCACAAACCCCACUCACAAAAGAACUUAGAACAGUAUGACCCUAAACAGUCUAUCAUUAAGAGACUUGACACUUAUGAACCUCCACAGCCACCACCGCCUAUACCUCCUAAGAGUCCACUCCACACACCUUGUCUCCAAGAUAAGACAUUAGUAGAUCCUGAAGCACUGCUUUCCCUUGUCCAUCGUUAUACAGAUUUUGUGGUGGAACAUGCCCAGGCUGUGAAUUUGUGGUGUAAUGAGAUGUGUGCACUUGACUGUGUGUAUAGAGAGGUUCUACCACAACUGUAUACAAAUACAGCCACCAAAACCAUACUCACUGCCGAGUGUCAGCCACCUAAAGUUGGGCGCCAACAGCCCAAGUGUUUAGGGCCAGCCAGUAUUGUUGUAGAGUUUUCUGAAGCUCGGCUAAAUGAAAGGGAGAAUGCCCGUGUUGAGCAGAAUCGAGAACAGUAUGAAGGAGUAUUACAGCGUUGUCAGAUGCCACCACCAUUACAGCUGUGCCAAGCAGCCAUUAGCUUAGAGGCCAUAAUCACGACACUAGUGAAUGGAUUCCGGAAAGCAAGAACAGAAAAUAAUAACAAUAAAACGGCAUCCCUUCUUGCAAGUGGUCGUCAACUUUUUUAUCACAUUGUUCAACUGACAUCAGACGACACAAGUUUCUACCCACCUGCCAAACAACUUAUCACUUCUUGUGGCCAAGUGUUGGGACAGGAGUUUGUGAGAGGACAUAAUGAUUGCCAGGAAGCAUUGGUAGCCCAAGUGUUAGAGUGGGGUGGGCAGCUGGGUGGACUCCUUGCUCCUCACUUUACUCCAGCAGUCGUUCCCAUCCGCACCUUCCUCACGCUCUACUCUUCCCUCAGUCCACACGCAUCGCUUGCUCCAGACCACACCUUCAUGCUUCUCUCUAAGUUUGACAUUGAGAAUUGGAUUUCAAAUGCUCAUCCGAAUAGCAGUGAGCAGACUGAACUUAUUAAUGCUGUAGGGACAGCUCUCUCAUCACUUCUGCAACAGUCACACACAAGCCUUCUUGUGGUUCUUGAGCUUUACCGUGUGCAUCUUCGGAUUUUACUGAACUAUAAGUUCCCAGAUCAUUACACCGAGGUGCUGGGUAUCCUGCUACAUAUAUCAUCUACCACACAGGAGGAUUGCGGAGGCUUUAGUACUGCCUUGUGGUAUGACCUGAUAAACACACUAUCUGUGGGUAUCUGUCACUUCUCCCCAGACAUGGAUCGCAUGGCUCUUAUUCAAGCCAUAAGAGAUUUUGCUCAGCAUCAAAGUAGGCUUUCACAGUCUAUGGUGGAUGAUACUCUGAAGAUGCUUUCGAGCUACUUUGUGAAUCAGCGUCUUGAGUUUGGGUUAUAUGGACUAUAUCCCAAAUACCAGCUACACAUCCAGCCCAUCUCUGUCUUUCUCAGUCUGAUCUCUCACACGUACAUUGUCACAACCUUCCACACCAGUUGGGGAGCUCCUCAGGAUGAAAUAGUUCGAGAAGUUUGGGCAGCAGUUGAGAGCUUGUGGGCCGGAUGGGUGGCACCUCUUGGGGGUCAUGAUCGGCAGUCAUUCCCAGCUUGGCUGCGGCACCUCACGCAUGAUAUUAGGUUGCUGCUUCCAUGGGCUCCAAGUGACACUUCAUCAGCUGACAUAAUGGUUGCCAUGUUCUGCUCUUCACUUGAAUUUAUGCACGAGCAUUUGCCAGGGAGUUCAAGUGUUUUAUCCUUAACAUUGGAGUACUACAGUGUGACAUUUGCCAUGAGAGAGGUGAAGAGUCAUGUGCUGGUGGCCGUUCAUAAUCAUCUGUCAGCUCUACCGUGGCACCAUUUCCACCCUUCUCUCCAGGACACACUCAUCUUCUCCAAGGUGGUGGAACAGUACCUUCCAGAGUGUCACAGUUUCAUUGGUGGUGUGCUUGUGCAGAUCAACUGGAGCAAGGUGCUGCAAGCAAUUCUUACAGCUGGUACAGCUGUUAAUUACACUCAACCUCCAGAUCUCUCUCACAAAGACAGCAGUCAAGAGGCAAAUCCUACCCACAUAGACAUUUGCGAUUCUUCGCAGCCUGCAGCUAAGAUGCACACAUGCCUCCUGAACCUUCUUGUGAGGAUAUCUAUGGAACCUAGUAUAAGACAGUCACCACUACUACAAACACUGCUGUUAGAGGCUGAAAUGUUCUCAUGGUGGCUUGUUGAUGGUAACAGCUUCCAGCGUGUUGUUAAUUGGUGGGUGAUGAGUUGUGACCCACGUAUUGUUCUUACGCUGCCUGACCGUAACCCCGUUGAUAUUGCCAUCAUAGAUGUUCUUCAUCGUGCAGCAGGCUAUACACCAGACACGUCUUCAUUUCACCAAGACACAGCCGCCAAACGUGGUCUACUAGUUCGGGCUCUGGUACGACUGCUGACCUCAGCUGCUGCUCGACACAAGGUCCUACUCUCUGCUAAGCCGCAUGUUUUUGCUGCCACCAUCCAUGGACUUCUUACCCAUAUGGAGAAUACUCUUAUUACCACUGUACCCAAAGAUCAGCAGUGGAGUGAGGGAGGUGCGUUGAGUACAGAAGUUUUGGCUCUUGUUAGUGGUGGAGCAUCAUCAGCAGCUCUUCAAGAACUUGCAAGUUCAGCUGUAGUAACUUGGCUGCUAGAUGAGCACCAUCCUUCUCCAGGAUUGCUUUUGCCUCUUCUUGCAUCAGCUUCCCGAACUGUCCUCCACCUUAAGCAUCGAAAUCCCAUCCUACAAGCUGGUCUGACUGCUCUCUUCAGACAUGCAGAUUGGUCUGGCUGGGAAAGAGAAGUCACAUGGGAACGUGUUGUGUCCGUGUUGUCAUUUCCUCUAACCAACCCAACAGCUAUGCUAAACCUGGCUGCACAGGAAUGUCAUUUGCUUGUGGUCUAUGCCCACACUUGCUGGCGGAGACAGCACACGCUUGGAUGUGGAGACCUCCUCUUGCUUUUGACUUUUCUGUGUGAAAUGUUGGAAACUCUAACACUCAAUGCUGAAAUGGAAAAUGGACUCGUUCUUCUACUUAGUGAAGUAUUGAAGAUAAUGACUCACUUACUACAAGAGAAAGGAACCACAGAGCCAGUGUGGCAGCAUUGCCAAGCUCUUACCUCUCAGUUGGCACUUUGGGCUGAGGAUCGUGCAACUACUGGUAUUUUGGCAGCUAUAGGACUGGGACGCCAAUCCCCACUGUCAGCUGGAGUUCGUCUUCUUUGCCGCACUCUUGGCACCUUCUUAAAAUUGCAAAUGCCUAGAGAAGGGGUAUUUCGAACACACCCAUUACACACCCAUAGUGAUGUUGAUGGUAGCCAAAGCAGUGUUGGAAGCGAGACUUGCACCCUAGAGCAGCUAAGAAGUUUACGUACGAACGCAUCAUAUGCUGGGCUUGCUCACCCUCUAACACAAGCCAUACAGUUCAUAGAAGAUCCAGCCCAUUGUUUACCAGAUGUCCAUAUUCUAUUGGCUAGACUUGUAGCAGAUAUACUCCCUGAUCCUGUUCUGCACCAUCUGACUGUUCCCUUUUGGGGUACUGUUCCAUCUGCACCGCCACAAUCACCACAUGACUGCCCAGAACAUGUAUUGCUAUCAGAUACUACUGCAUCAGCUCCACCUUCCUAGCAUUUCAAUGUUUAUUAAAAGCACUGCAAUCAUGUAGGUAUUUGUAUAUUAAAUUUUUUUCUGGGGUGGUCUCAAAGGCUUCCCAGAGCUUAUGCACUGGACCCCAUGGUCAAUAUUAUCAUAGAUAUCACCAGGCAUCUAAGACUCAUUGUUUGCAGGAAGCAGAAUCUUGCACUCCCCUAUCCUUAGAGAUAGGAAAGCUCAAGGUGUCAUAAGGGCACCAUGCUCCAAGUUAAAACCCUGCCAAAAUGAAAGCCAAGAGGAAUCACAAAAACUCUAAAAAAAAAAAACUCCUAUACAGAAAUAUUUGGUAUGAGUGAACACCAAGCAAAACUCAAACCAUAUAAAAAAAUGCUGCUUUCCCAGAUGGCAUUAUUAGUCAACCAGAAGUUCUGGCACCACUCUGCCGUUCGCUCUCACCUGGCGCCUGGCUAUCGGCCAUAUUUACAGACUAUUAUGCUAAGUGACUGGAUUCAGUUGUUUUUAGUAGUAGUGUGUCAUUUUAUUGUGCUCUUAAGUAAAGCUGUCAUACAGGUUGUUCAUUCACUACCCUGAGCAUAUAUGUUAAAACUGCCAUCCUGUCUUUAUAGGACCGUUGUGAUCAUUAAUGCCUUCGCUACCUUGCAUGGUCCAUGCAACAUCUUGCAUCUUACUUAUGCUGUAUUUUGACUGUUUCCUCUUGCCACCUUCCUUCCUUCCUUUUUAUUAUGGAUGUCUCGCUUGCAAGAUUUCCUCAGUUAUGUUUGCAAUCUUUCUCUCCUUGUAUCAUUCCAUCCUUGCCCCCUUGGAGGGUUCAACUUGCAAAGUUUAGCAAGAUUUUGACCUACAUGAUAAAGGAGCUUAUACCUCUUCCUUUAAUGCUUUUCUUCACACUCAGACUGUUGCCCUAUUCACAGAUGGCUUGCCAACAAUGUCAGCUACUCCAUAGUCUUUCCUGACAAAACCUGUAUAUGCUGCCUAGCUCCACAGACUAGCAUCUUUAUGGUGGAACUUUCUGCAAAAUUUGUAUGCUCUUCAUUAACUGCUUUCUGGACAUCAAUGCUCCUUUGCCAUUGUGGUCGACUUUCACAGUACCCUCAUGGCUCUAGUCAUUUAACCCUAUACAUCCUGUGGUGGUCGAAAUUCAAUAUUGUCAUUUCUUAUGUCUAGCAGAUUUGAGACAAUUGAGUUUUGCUGGGUUCCUAGCCAUGUUGCUAUUAUCUUAAGUGAAUAUACAGACACUGCUGUUAAGGAGGCAGUGUCUUAUUUCCCAAAAUGGCAUUCCUUAUUCAGAUUUCUAUUCAGUCAUUCAUUUCUCAAUCUAUGACCGCUGGUAGGGUCAUUAGUCUGGGGUUACAGGUAACUAACUACACACACUUAGGGGUCAAGGCCAAGGGGUUGGGUAACCUGACUCCUUGGCCUUGCUUCUGCCUCCAUAAUAGAUGGUGUGAAAUGGCUUUGGCUAGGUUAUGUAUCCAUACACAGAGGUGAGGUUCACCUGCUGUAGCCAAUGUUAGACUUCUUUUUUUCUGUGGUACUGCCUCUCCUCAGUUUGGUAUGGGCUACUUUCAGGUCAUAUGGGUGAUGAUGGCCUUUGUGGGUGGUUCUGACUUACCCUGUAGGGUAUUUCCCAGCAGGCAGUAAUGUGCUUUUUAAUUUAUUUUAAUUAUUUAUAUUGAAUUUGUUUUAAUUGAUAUUUAUUAUUACUUCAAGGUGGACUGUAUUUUAAUAUUUAUCCUGCUGGAUGUUUUACUUGAGCACAAGUAGGGGUUUUAUUGUACAUAGUUUAUACCACAAUCGGUGGUUAUAAUAAACUACAGUAUGUUUGUUAGUACUAUUGUAAAAUUAUAAUGUUAUAUUGUAAAUGGAUUAGCAUAAUAGCUAAGAUUGGGUUAAUUAUAACUGUUAUGUCUUAGCAGGUUUUGUUGUUAUGGCCUGAUUUAGCAGUGUGUGAGAGCUGGUCCUUAAACAUCAGACUUUGAUAUGCCACAUGUGGACCGUCUGGUCCUGUUAAUGGCGGCUAGCUCUGUUAAUUGCAGCUGUUGGGGGCAGCCAGAGCUUGUAAGGCGUCUGUUCAGUAUCUUGCAGGUGUAACAGCUCAACUGAUGUCUCAUGGAUCACAAUGUUUUAAAUAAUGCCAAAUAAUGACACUAUAACAACUGACAAUAACAUAUAAAGUACAGGUGUGACAUGAAAUUUGUAUUGUUUUGAUAAUGAGACUAGGCUUACUCUUUGUUUGGGCUUUGCCCUUUUAAUAACCGAGAUGAAUAUCUAAUGUUAUCAGGCCUUCUAAACAUAGAUAUUAAUUCAAACCGGGUAUAAAGGUACUCCUGUUGUUAGUGAGGUCUCUGUGGCACUUUCACCUUUGGUCGACUUCUAAUUUUGAGCCUUUGAGGUAGUGCAUGUCACAAAAAAACCACGAGGAGUCCUCUCUGUUUUGUUUACAAUUUGUGUCUCGGCUGCUCCUUCUCGGAGCAGUCUCCCCCAAGGUUUUUUUUCCAAAUUCUUUGUCUUAUUGACUUAGGGAGGUAGACUAUACUUUUAUUUAUAAUUAUAUUAGAUCCAGUCAUAGUGAAUACUUUUUUAUUAAUUUUAAUAACUAGACUUUUGUUUACAGGAUACUUGUGGAUCUUAAAUGUUUGUUGUGACGGGACGUUACAGAAUCUCCCAUUCUCUUUUCUUUUAAUGUCUAACUAAUGUAAAGUAACAUCUUAUGAUGGUUACAAGUUAGUAUAUUAGUAUGUUAUGUGUCAGAUUUUCGACAUACCCUUAUGUUAGUCUGUCUUAAAGUGUAGGAAUUUUGUUUCUGCACUCGUCAGUUUAUGCUUCCUUGGUUUCUCUAUAACAAUUUCCAAAUACCUUGGCCCAUUCAGUUGUCUGGACUAGGUUUCCAGUUUAAUGUUUUGUCAACACAAAUUUUUAUAGACUUUGUGGUUGAUGUUCAAGGUUCAUCUUUGUGGAGAUGUGCUGAUUUUGACUUUUCUCGAUGUAUGUUCGGUUUGGGGUCUUUGAUUUCAGUGUGUCUUCUGGCCAAGGUUCUGUUGUCAGAUGCUACCAAACAUGGCUUCCUAUGCAAGUUUUGGAAUUUCCUAUUCCUUUUUUGUUUAAUCCCUACUUUUGGACAGAGUUGACAUUGAUUUGGGAUUCCAAGAGAACAGUUCUUUUGUACUCUCCAAUGAUGUCUUUUAAGUUAUUUAAGGACACUUCUUUUUUGGGACUGGAGUUUUGUCCCUAGUUGUUGCCUUCCCAGUUAGGGAUGUAUUUGCACAUCCCUAAUUAGUUGCAAUACAUGCAUAGUUUGGUGCAAUGGCAUAGAAGCUGUUCCCCCUUGUUUGCACUUCUGUGCACUUAUCUAUUUUUUCUGCUGGCUUGCUUUCCUGUGGGUUUGUUUGCAGAAAGCAGGCCUUACUCAUUCCCCUUCUCUUGAAAGGACAUCGGCGCUCCUGGUUUGUCAGGUUUUUGUCUUGGCAGUCCAGAUCCACAGGGUAAUGACCUUUCUUAUGAUUGAGCUCUUUUACUGCAGGUAGGUUAUACAGGAAUUUUUCCCAUGGUUUGUGUUACAUCUGGUAGGCCACAGAUGCAUCAUUUUGUCUUGACAUGGAGUCGCCAGUUUCUAGUAGUUAUGGGUCCAUUUUGAACUGCAUGGGGAAUUUGGGGGGGACACUUCACCUGGGGCUUGUUCCAGUGGUUCAUUCUGUACCUUCCAGAUAAGAUUUGUCUUAUCAUUCUCCUGCCUUCUUUGUGAGCAGUUCACAUCUGUUUCCCAGCCCUUCUCACACAUUUGUUCCAACAAGGUUUUUUUUUCUUUUUAACUCUCUCUUUAGGGGUCUGUAUCUACUAACUUCUCUUGUUGUCUCAGUGUUGUCUUUGGCCAAGUUCUUCAUUAUUGUUGCCUUUUUGUCAUCCAAGUUUGGGCCUUCUGUCCUCAAACUGUGAGAAUUUUUAGUCAGAGUUGUUGCUCAUCUUCAUUUUUGAGUACUGUAAUGCCUUUCACUAUAGCCAUUGGGUUUCUAGUUACCAUCUGCUUGGGUGUUGUCAGGCAGUCAUAUGAUGCCCUCCAUUAUUGUAGGGCUUGUUCUUUUGUUGUGGUAUUUCAAGUUUGUUAGUUACAGGUGCCUCUUCCUUUGCCAUGAAUGACUACUUCUUUUCUAAGAGCUCAAAUCUGUGGCUUGGUUAUUCUUAUUUAUCCAGUAGCUGUCAUUUGCAGAUUCUGUGUGUGAGUCAAGCUUCCAGUGUAAUAGCUCCUGUUCUUUUACCCUUAGUCCCUCCCACCUUCUGUGUUCCUUUCCUUGGUUUGUCUUCAGCAGUGGCCAAUCGGCUUCAUAACCUCUCAAUUUACUGCACUGGCAGCUUUUCUUUUUAAUGUGUGUACAGUUGUGUUCUGUCCUGAGGUUUCUAGUGCUGCUUUACACUCAAGCAGUUGGAUGUAUCUUGUCUGUCUCUGCUUUUGAGGUGCCAUGGAAAAAAUGAUCUGGGGAGUUACUGAAGGCUACACCAAAAAUAUAGUAAUCAAGAAUGGGACAACUAAAUGCCCCGUUUCUGGGGCUCCCCUAUUCCCUGCAGGUCCAGAGAUUUGAUUGGGCUCGAGAGUGGAGGGAUGAGCAGUGCCAAACAUUGGUGAUUUAUUGGUGCCAUCUGGUGAUGGGAAAGUUGAGUUGUUGUAACCCUCUUGUUGUAAAAGAGCCUAUUGACCUCGGGGUACCAUCAGUGCAUAAGUUCUGGAAAGUCACUGGGGACCCAAGAACAGGGGGAAUUCAUUAACUUGAUGCUUUAUUAAAUAUUUACCAUAAAUUAUACUGCAUAAAGUACACUGAUUGUAUGAAAGAAGUUAGUGUAAAAUUUUUUUUUUUUUGUUCAACAUGGUUAAAUCAUAGAUUCUUGAAAGUUUGUUUAUGAGGCAAGUCAUUAACACCAAAAAUGUCUUUAUUCUCCAAACAUGGCCAUAAAAAAUGCUUUCUUUUCAUAUUGGAUUUUUAUAGUUUAGGCCCUAGAACUUAUUUAAUUCAAAAGAUCUUUUAAAGAAAUGUAUACAUGGAUUAGCAUGACGUGUCUAGAAACGUACGUUGGCACAAUAACCAUGCACUGCUUUCCUGUCCAAUACUAUAUUAUGAUGCAAUAUUGGAGAUGCGGUAAUUGGAAGAUGUAAUUUUGGCAGUGAUUUGUUUUUCCAUGACCAAUUACUGAAGAAGUCUAAUCUGCCUUCAAUUGUUAUGUACCUGCAAUUAAAUUUAAUCCCUAA